AAAUUCCAGUUUUGAACGUCCUUGAAAAGCGAUGAUGGCUUGAUCAGUGAUGCCUCCAUAUCUUCAUUUGAAAGGCGACGGCUGGAGUCACGUAUUGGGCAUUUGAUAGCACUCCGCGUAGUGACGAGACCCCAGCAUUCCCUCUAGCCGAGGCCGGCUCCGUUCUAUUGCCUGCCAUGGCGUGAUUGAAGACGGCAUGAAACAGCAAGAGGAAGUUCAUCCCUAAUGGAUUUAGAGCAGUCGCAUUGUAUGACACUCCCUUCCCAGACGAAUAUUUACAGCUCUUGUUUGCUGGAGUGGCCGCGUACACAAUAUCACCUGCUAGUAGCAUCGCUGCAUGGAAGCGUAGUCAGCUUGGAUUACCAAAGAGUGGCAGGUCACUUGCGUGCGACAACCACGCCUAUCCAGUUCCUUUAUAUUCCUGCGGAUGCGGAGAUAGUAUCCAUUGAUUGUUUUUGCCAAUCGUCUUGUAGAAAGCCGGUGAUUGGCAUUACCUUAGUGAAGCCAGGCCAGGAGUCAGAGAGUCGUGCGCACUUCCUGAACAUUUACGGUGCUCGGCGUGACUGUAGUAUCGCGGGGGAUGAGAAACACCAGCAGCUGAGCCAGGCUUGGAAAAGCGUUGCCGAAGACUGGCAAACGUGUGAUCUAGUGUUCACCCCGCUGAAGCUGCAGCAUAUCAAUAUUGGCGCGCCUGGCGAGGAAGACAAUGCAUUCAUCCUGUCGGGCAGUGACAAGCGUGUGCAUGUCUACCGGUGUUCGCAGGCCCUGCUCACUUUUCAUGAAGAUGAUGGAGUCAGACGCCUGUUCCCAGAGUUUGAAGCUGCGUUCCCGGCGUGUGUUACAUCCUUUGACGUGAAAGUGUAUGAAGGGCAGCGCAUUGUUGCCGUUGGACUGCAAACUGGUGAUAUGCAGCUGUGGCAAACAGACAUCAGUGGCAAGAAACCUAUUGUACUUAGGAAAUGGUGCUCAGAUGCUUUGGAUGGCCCCCUAACCAGCCUUACCCUGUUCCUGCCCACUGUACCAAGGCUAUCUGCUAUGCCGGGACACUCCUUGCUGGCAACGUGUGCUGUGGAGCUGGCUGCAGUAUUCCAUCACACCAAGCACUGUGGAUUUUCCAUGUGCAAUGCUCUGCAAGACUCGAGCAGAUAUGACAGCGUCAUCUGUACCUGUGCCGUCGACUUGGACGGAGACGGGCGCACGGAAGUUGUCAUUGGUACUUAUGGCCACAUGCUGUUAUUUUACAAGCAACUUGGACCGCCGUCCGAUCCAGGUGAGUUUCAGCUGGUGCAUCAGCAACGACUCUCUCAACCAGUCUAUGGACUGCUUUGGUGCGAUCUUGUUGGAGAUGGGUCGAAACAACUUAUUGUUGUUUUGCUGAAUGGAGUGGUUGUGUUUCAGCGGAAUAUGACAAACGCUGCCGAUCGGUGUGUGCAGAGGCUUAAGCUGUGGGAGGAGAUUGAGAGUAUUCGUGACGAGAUACGCUCGCACGGGGCCGAACCAUCAGUAUAGAGUGUUGUAGGUUUAGCAAUCGCGCGAAGGUGCUUGCCCUUGCAUACUGGUGAUGUAGUACAUGUAUGUGAGUGGGCCCUUGCUCUCAUACAACGGCUGGCACUACUCAGCGACACACCGCUUAUUGUCCUCAAGUUGCAUUUAGUAAACGGUGCAUCCUGUGUUCGUUGAAUCAUCUCAUAUUGACAAUCACAGAAUCAGUUUUUUAGCUCUCAUUUCGAUCUUUUCAUUAGAAACUUACCAGGUACUGGUGUGCCUCUUUUAAACAGCUUUUAAAAUACACUGUACACUGCCUUUUGCUUGGCCUCUAGCAAUGCCAUUGUCACUUUGGACUUGACGGGCUGGUUGUCUUUCUUUCUCAUGAUGUGCUAUGCUGGUCAUAGCGGAUUUUCUUUGUACAUGUACAGUGUCGUAUGUUCUCAGUUUCCCGUUUGCACAGCACUGAACAGUGUUGUUCCCUAGCUGUUACUUGCUAGCCUGUGCAGGUCCAUUGUUGACGGGAGUUUCGCCCGUAGGACGAGUCUGACGCUCAGUUGCCAUGUGCCGUAUCAGUUUCAUUCUGGGAUGAAUCCGUGCUAGGCAACGGAGUUCAUAUAAGAGUCAACUGAUCACCCUGCUGCAUGUUUACAAGUCAUGUACAUGCACGCAUUUCUGACCCGGUACUAGCUUCAUGUCGCGUUAAUCACGUGACCUCUUGAUUGAAUUGUGUGCACUUA